AUGACUAAACGAUCGACAAAAGGUCGUUUGAAUGAUGGCGGCAAAAAGUUACGUUUAGCAAGGCGAACAACAACAACAACGACAGUGUCACCAAUUGCUUGCCUUCUGGAAUGGGAUUCUGCUGAAUGCCAAAUUUUUCAUCUCAAACGACCAUUGUUUGCACCAAAUUUGGCAUAUUCGAAAAACAAAUAUGGCUUGAUUACGCCAGUUUUGCCAAUAUCACAAAUAGCUGAGGAGAGUGUCGAAUCAAAAUCAUUACCAAUAGCAUUGUUGACUACAUCUGAAACGAUUGCAACAACAACAACAGCUAAAACAGUUACUUCAACCGGAAUUACGAUAGCACAACUGGAACAACCUGAGAAUUUGGCUCAGGAACAGGAAUAUCAUCAAGCUACAGUAAACGGUGAGUUCACUGAGCGCACUCACACGUUUCUUUCUACCACAAUUAUCACCACUACUACUACUACUACUACUAUUACUACUACUAUCAUCACUACUGCUACAACACAUAUCAGCACCACUACAACCAUCAUUGAUACCUCAACUUUUAGCCUUUUUCAAAAACAUGAUAUCAAUGAUGGCAUAUUUGCUAUUCCCAAGACAAAUAGUAACCGUAAAGUGCUGACACCAUCAUUGUUCCGUUUUGAUAUCGAUGAGGAUAACGAUAAUGACGAUGAUGACGACGACGAUCGUUUUGCAUUCUUCUGGCCAACUGUUUCACCUUUUCAAACGCAAACUGCAAUUAUUUCCUCUCCUCAGAUAAAAAAUCUGGAAACAUUGUCACCGGUGACAUUCCGUAUAAUUCCUGCAAACACUUUUCAUUGGAGUGAUAGCACAACAGAAGGUUCUUUUCAGAGUUUAACAAUGCAAGAAGGUUAUAGGUCAAACGAGGACAAAUACGGGAAACUCGUCAAUCCUACAUCGGCUACGAACACGCACCUUUUAUCACUAAUAACUCGGAAUAACAUUAGCCAGCAUGAGUAUGGGAGCUAUACCGAUGAUUAUUCUGGGUAUCAUUAUCGUUCUGAUAAAAUAUCAGAGUACAAUAGCAGCUAUCAGGACGGCAAGCAUAAACAUGGUUAUCCGAACAACAAUCGGAGCUAUUUUCGGCACCAUCGCACUAAUCCAGAAUGUAACAAUUAUCCCAAUGCUAAUUACUCUAAUUGUCGUGAUGCUACUAUAAUUAGCACUUUUCCAACAUCAUUGUCACCUCGUGUUUCAUUUGCUUCUAGUGCACCACUAUCUUCCUCCAAUAUGACCACCAAAAUUAUGCAAAUUUCUAGUGCUAUGUCGCAGCAAUCUAAUCGAAAUUAUUUUGAAGAUUUAUGGAACGAUAUUGCUGGACCACCAGCUGUUAUCAUAGAUAGCGAUCAGAAAGAAUCGAGAAAUAAAGGAACAACGACAAUAUCUCCUACUUUUACCAAUAUCAUUAAUAGUAAUCUAUCAACCAGACCUUUAACCUUUGCCACCUUAUAUACGCAACAGUCAACACAACAAUCUGUAUCAUUACAUGAUAAGACAACGCCUCGUAUUGAUAAAAGUUUGACGUCAACUGCGCCAAAAAUAACAACUUUUUUGCUGAAUAUUUCAACUAAAUCGUCAUUAGUAAAUGACAAUGCAAAAGAGGAAAAGAAAGAAUUAAAAAGGCCAAAAGCUAAGAAUUGGGGUGUUAAUCAUCACAAAUCACAACAAUUACUCACUGUACCCACCGUAUCAUCAUCAUCUACCAUUAGACAUCGUAUUCGUACAACAUUGGUAAGCCAUACCAUUUAUGCAGUCAGACCAACUACUCCUAUGGGUGAACAUAUCACGGAUACAGUCAAGGCUCCUGCUACGCCAACAGAUUUCCCACGUACGGCACUAAUUUCAAUAGCAUCAUUAUCCGUUAUCAUUAUCAUUGCCAUCGUUGUUUUCUGUGUUUUCAGAUGCAGGCAAAGUGGUCCAUCAACAGAUCAGUAUCCAAUGGUUUGUAGCGGUAAACAAUCCGGUUAUGCUCCAAUACCGGCCGAAUUGUCACCACCAUUAAUGCGCGAAUCAUCUCGACAAAAUGCUGGUCCAUUCUUUCAUAAUCGAGUAAAUCAACUUGAUGGUUAUCAACCAAUCAAAGGUGCUGUAAUACCGAAUGGAAAUAAUUUGAUGACGAGUAAUAUCAAAGGUAAUUGUGCAUCAGCCAUUAAUGGUAGGAAGAAAGAAUUUAAGGAAUGGUAUGUUUAGCUGUGAUCUGAU